AUGAAUAUAGCAAGUGGUAUUCCUAAAUUUGUUUCUUUAGGAAUGAUACAACAAGAGGGUAAUCCAUAUGUUCGAGAUGAUACUGUGUUCAUUAAAAUUAUGGUUGAUUUUGGUGAUAUGCCAAAGACGUUAUUACCAUAUACAAUGAGUCUUAAUCCUGGUUUACCUAUCAAUGUACAAAAAGACAUGAUCAAGGAAGAAACAGAAAGGCGGACUCAGUUACAAACUAGACAAUAG